UCGGCGCUGCUUGCGUCUGUCUGAUCCUGAUCGAGUGAACGAGUGAUCGGUGUGAUUCUCUGUUCUAGCUAAAACCUAUUUUAGGUGGUCGUCCGUUGUAGUUUUAAAAGGGAAUGUUGAGUGAUUGUUAAAGAUGCUAUAAAUAUAAAUUUCUCGUUUCACUAACUCUGCUCUAACAUUUUUAUUCGAUGGCUACUGGAUCGGGAAUUAAGAUAUUACUUUCUAGUUUGCGAAUUGAAAAUUGUUACUUGCAUAGCAAUAAACUUCCUAAAUUAUUUAGGAAAACAGACUAUGGGGUGUUUCAUACUUCAAAUAUCCACACAUCAACUCUUCUAACAGCACAGCCACGGUUGACCCCACAAGAGGUCACUGACAUUCUUAGACUGAAUGAAUACAGUCACGAGUUUUCUACCACAGGAUCUGUUAGGUCAUAUGACUCAAAUCAACUACCGUCCAAUGAUCCAAUUGAAGAUACUCGCUCAGAAGCUAGAUGUUUAUUAACAGAAGGAAUGCUGCUAGGUGUGUUUGAUGGUCAUGGAGGCGCAGCAUGUGCACAAGUCAUUGCCAAGCGGUUAUUCAAUUACAUCACUGUGUCUCUACUUCCACCGGACCUACUCUACAAAUAUCUCCAAUCCAUGGACAACAGCUCUGGCAUGCAACAGCUCGAGAGUUUCAAUGGCAAGUACGAAUUUGUCGAAGAACUCAAAGGAAUUUACCAUGAGAGUCUUAAAAAGUUUGUUGUGGAACUUUCUAAAACCGAUCGUAGUGAUUUUCAAAUGAAGGAAGCGUUAGAACGGGCAUUUCUCAGACUCGACGAGGACAUUUCAAAGGAAGCGUUGUCCACUGUGGAGGAGAAAGUAGGUGUAAAGACAAUGUCGGUGAGUAUGUCGGGGGCAGUGGCGUGUGUGGCACAUGUGGACGGUCCGCACCUUCACCUGGCCAAUGUGGGGGACUGCCAGGCCGUGCUAGGGGUCCUUAGUGACACGGACACGUGGACAGCCAAGAAACUCAGUGUGGAACACAACACAGACAAUCCUGCCGAGGUGCAGCGGAUACUCAACGAACAUCCGGCCAAUGAGAGAGACUCAGUCAUCAGGUUGGAACGAUUGCUGGGCCAGCUUGCACCGCUGCGCGCUUUUGGUGAUUUCAGGUACAAGUGGAGUAAGCAGAUCAUGACCGAGGUUGUGGUGCCGAGGUAUGGAGAGCAGAUGAUGGCCCCUCACUACCACACACCACCGUACCUCACUGCACAGCCGGAGAUUGUACACCACAGACUGACGCCGCGUGACCGCUUCCUUGUCAUAGCUUCUGACGGACUGUGGGAUCUCGUCUCUCCACUCCAGGUCGUACGGUUGGUGGGAGAACACAUGAGUGGCAAGGUAACGCUCAGUCCGCUGCGACUGCCGAGGAAGGACAUGACACUAGAUGAGAUCAACAGUUUACUGCUGCAGCGGCGUAAGGGACUCGCCAAGAAACCGGUGGACAGGAACGCGGCCACUCACUUGUUGAGGCAUGCACUAGGAGGUACAGAGUACGGUAUCGAACACUCCAAGAUCUCCCAGCUGCUCAGUCUGCCACAGGAGGUCGUAAGACUGUUCAGAGAUGACAUCACCAUCACCGUCAUCUACUUCGACCCCGAGUACCUCCGUCACUGCCCUCUCUAGUGUGCUGCACAAGUGUUACCCUCAUCGGCUGUAAUAGUUUACCGACAGCUGAACCGGAAUGAAGCUUUAUGUUCCUCGUUACCAUAGUAUUAUAUGCGUACGAAGUCAUAGUUUUAAAUAUUUAUUGUUCGUUUUCUAUUGACGCAAGUUUUCUCAUUUGUAUACCACAAGAAAUAAACGAUCUGUUAAGUUUUUAGUCAA